AUGUUGUCCCGUCGCCGAUUGCGCGGUCGAGCUAUCGAUAUUGGCGACCGGCGUUGCCACUUCAUGUUCCUGUCGAUAUUCCGAUGUCGUGCCUAUCGAUCUCACUAUCGAUCGACCGCUAUUAUUGUAGCGCCCCAUCCCGAUUCCCAGCUGCAAGCAGCCGGGAAAAUGCUGACCCAGGUGCCGGAAGAACCAUGGGCCACCGUGUGUGCGGAUUUUGUGGGCCCCUUCCCGAGGUCGAAGCACGGGAAUUCGAUGCUGCUGGACCUGGUGGACAGGUUCUCCGAGUGGACCGAGAUCGUUCCCAUACGUAAGGCAACCACCGAGACGCUACGAAAGGCUGUGCGAGAGCGAAUAGUGGCCAGAUACGAGGUGCCAAAAGUUAUAAUCACGGACAACGAAGUCCAAUUCACGAGCAGGGCGUUCAAGAGGUUUUUGGAGCAGAAAUGGUCGGAGGUGCAGCUAUCGGUAAACACGAGUGUGGCGGAGACCACCGGAUACUCGCCGGCAUUUAUAACUCAGGGAAGAGAACCAAGGCUGCCGAACGCAUUGUUUGACGAACAGACAGCCGGAACAGGAAGGUGUACCCAGACGCCGGCAGAAAAUGCGGAAAAAAUAAAGGAGUUUUUCGAACUGGUGCGGAGGAAUAUGGAGAAGGCAGCGCAGGAUUAG